UCCUCUGUGGCGGUCGAGAAAGAGAGAGCGAUCCCCUCUCCACGGCUCUCCCACGGAAUCCCCCACAGCUGCCUGCCGACUACGCGGCGCGGUCACACGGGCUGCGUGCCCGCAAAAGGGACGGUGUGGAGUGCGGAAGAAGAGAUAUACUACCGAGGCGAACCGCUGCCAAGGCAAAAAAUAGGGCGACAGUGAAAGAAGAGGAAGAGAAGAAGAAGCUCUUGUGGAGGAAAACACCCGGAUGGGGGAUGGGAACGCCUGUGAGAACCGACCGAGAAAGCGUCUUAUGCUCCCGGGUGAAACGCCAGCCUUUUAGUCCCAUCUUCCACGCGCUGCAACGACAAGAAUGUGAACGUGUGACGAAUUCCGGUGGGACAGUUUUUCGUGUGCAAAAAAUGUACGUGGUGGGAAGACGUUGCAGCGCCAUAAUGCAGCACAAGCACACAUGCCUGGCACGCCCCCUCUGCUGCAGGGCGCCAUUUUCAAACGCCUUUUUUUCUUUUGCAUAAGGAGAUUUAUUUGGCUGCUGUCUCAUGUUACACUUUUGCGCCUGACAAGAAUGUGGACGGACGAGGAGGACAACAGGAUGCAAACCCUACAACCAAUCAUCCAAGCUUCUUUUACAUUUUAAUUGUACAGCGCCACGUCACUAAUAGGCGAAGGAGUUCUGGAACCCCGGAAUUUAGACGAACCCCUGCUUCGACCCAGUGAUUAGACGGUCACAGUUCAACUUUGUAGCAACCAGUGUUGUUUUACAUUUGCCUACCGAGGGGAAAGAAGAGUCGUUUGGCUGUCCAAAAUGACGGCGUCCAACUGGGGUCUCAUCAUGAACGUGGUGAACAGCAUUGUCGGCGUCAGCGUACUCACCAUGCCUUUCUGCUUCAAACAGUGUGGGAUUGUACUGGGAACUCUCUUGUUGUUCCUUUGCUCCUGGAUGACCCACAAGUCGUGCAUGUUCCUGGUUCACACUGCCAGCAACACCAAACGAAGGACCUAUGCUGGGUUGGCCUUCCACGCUUAUGGCAAACCUGGAAAAACACUGGUGGAAACCAGUAUGAUCGGGUUGAUGUUGGGCACUUGUAUUGCCUUCUAUGUGGUCAUUGCCGAUUUGGGAUCAAAUUUUUUUGCUCAACUGUUGGGUUUACAGGUGACGGGCAGUUUUCGUGUUUUACUGCUGAUCGCAGUGUCACUCUUCAUCGUGCUCCCUCUGAGUCUACAGAGGAACAUGAUGUCCUCCAUUCAGUCCUUCUCGGCCAUGGCACUCAUGUUCUACACCCUCUUCAUGUUCACGAUAGUGUUGUCGUCCCUGCGCUACGGCAUAAUCUCAGGCUCCUGGGUGGAGCGGGUUCACCUGUGGCGCUUGAAGGGCGUCAUACAGUGCCUGCCCAUUAUCGCCACAACCUUCUGCUGUCACCCGCAGGUGCUGCCGACCUACGACAGCCUGGACGAGCCGUCUGUCAAACGCAUGAGCACCAUCUUCACCUCGGCACUCAACGUAGUCACAGUCUUCUACAUCACUGUGGGCUUCUUCGGCUAUGUCAGUUUUACAGAGAACAUUGCGGGCAACGUGUUGAUGAACUUCCCUUCCAACUUGGUAACGGAAAUGAUCCGAGUAGGCUUCAUGAUGUCUGUGGCCGUCGGCUUCCCAAUGAUGAUCUUGCCUUGUCGCCAAGCCAUCAACACCAUGCUCUUUGAACAGCAGCAGAAAGACGGGACGUUUGCUGCCGGUGGAUACAUGCCUCCUCUGCGCUUCAAGAUGAUCACCCUCAGCAUUGUGUUCGGCACUAUGCUGGGAGGCAUUCUCAUCCCCAAUGUGGAAACCAUUUUGGGUCUCACUGGAGCCACCAUGGGCAGCCUCAUCUGCUUCAUUUGCCCGGCUCUCAUCUACAGGAAAAUCCAGAAGAAUGGCAUCAUAGCUCAGCUUGUGCUUUGUGUGGGUCUGGGCAUCCUUCUCAUCAGCACAUUCACCACCCUGUCCAUCUCAGCCCAGAACCCUAGCACCAAAGUCCAAGCUCCCCCUCCUCCAGCACCUGACAAGGGCAAUCUGCAAGUACAAGAUAUCAUGGAGCUGCACGAUAAUGCUGCAAACAAGCCAGUGGAGAUGGACCACCCUGACCUGCAAGCAGUGGAGUUGAUGCAACCUGACAAGAGGGAGCAAGAGGAAGCCCCCCAGAUUAAAGGACCAGUGGAACUGCCUGAGAGCAAGAAGGAGGAAGAAGUGCAGUUGGACCGCCCUGAUGCUGGCAUAGCUGUGCCGGAGGGAGAAGCUCACCGCCACGAACCACCUAUCCCACAUGAUGAGGUCCAGAUAGACACCAGAAAGAACAAUGCAGAGUUGGAGGAGGAAAAGAAAGAAGUGGAAGAGAACAAAAAAGAUGUGGAGCAAGGUGUAGGUCUCCCCAGUGAUAUAAGAGACAAAAAAGAGGAGGAGAAUGGUCAAGACAAGCAGAACCCUGCCGUCAUGGUUGUGAAGAAAGGGGAGGUGGACCUAGGUGUAGGUGAAGUCCAGUCCAAUGAAGUGCUAGGGAAGGUGGCUGAAGAAGGAGGGAAGAAUCAGCAUGCUCUCCCCUUAGAAGAUGUGGAGAAGCUAGAUGCUGUGAAAGACCCCCUUGCUCCACUUGCCAAUCAGGCUGCAGUGGAGCAAGCAGAGAAAGUGGACAAAGCUGCUGGGAAACCGCCUCCUGCUGGUGAAGAAGCUGCAGCUGCAGACAGCAAAGAUGCAGCAGAUGACAAGAUGGAGGUGAUAAAAAAGCUGGUCGCAGAGGGUCAGCUGGAUCACGCAGUACUGCUUCAGGUCAUCAAGGAGCAGCAGGAGCAACAGAAGAGACUUCUUGACCAGCAGGAGAAGCUUCUUGCAGUCAUCGAAGAACAGCACAAGGAAAUCCACCAAAAACAGCCAGGUGGUGAGCUGGAGAAAGGCCUCCAGGAACACGAGGAGGGGGCAGAAGGAGGAGCAGCAAAGCCUAGAGAGUAUGUCCAGGCCUCAGAUGUGAAGCAGCCCAAGGAUGCAGCAGGAGUCGGGGCUCCACAAGCUGCUGGCGCUGAGCCUCAUGUGGUCCAGAAUCCAGUUCAGGUUGAGGACAAGGGAGCGGAGGUAGCCAAAUUAGCUGUUCCAGCAGCUAACAAAGGAAACAACCCGGUUGUACCCACAGCAGAAUCCCAUCAGCAAAGUGAGUUGGGAGCGAGAGGAGUGCCCUUAAUGAGGAAAGUACCUGAGGGCCAACAGCCUCUAGCUCAAAAUGAACAGAUAGCCCAGCUUAAGGAUGAGGAACACAAGCAGGAUGAUGAAAAGGAGAACAUGAAAAAAAGACAGCGUGACAGUGAGCUAUGGGUGAGACAAGAACAGCUUGAUCGGGGGAUGAAAGAAAAGGUGGCCAGGGAACCGGAAUUGGAGAAGAAAGUAGAAAGAGAACAGUUAGAAAAAGAACAGCUGGAGAGAGAGGCACAAGAAAAGUUGGCCAGAGAGCAGGAGAGACUUGAGAAAGAGGUGGAAAAGGAAAGACAGGAUAGGGAGAAGAGAGAGAAGCUGGAGAGAGAGAAGGCACUAAGAGAGAAAUUAGCACAGGAGAAGGCCGCCAAGGAGAGACGCCAGCAGGAGAUUGAAAAAGCAGACAAUGAAAUAGUUGAGAGGAAAGAAAAGGAGGCGCAGGAGAGGUUAGCCCAGCUGGAGCAAGACCUGGAAGCCCAAAAGGCUGCACAGGGGGCACAGAGAGAAGACGGCGAAGCUUUGAAGAAAGGAGGACGAGACCUCAAAGAGAAAGUUGCUGCUCAGGCGGACCCCGGAGAGGACCAGGAAGAUGGGGCCAUCAAAGCCCAGCCUCACCCUCAGGGCUCCCGUGAGAUGGCGAGGGACGAGGGAGAGAUGGAUCUAAAGCGAAGACGGAGGGCCGUGGGGGCUCUGGAGAUGCCCGGGGUGCCCAGGGCAGUGCAUGGGCUGGAGCCCCUGCUGGAGCUCGGGGGCCACGACCUGCAUGUAGCCCUGGAGGAGAAGCUUCUUGUUGGGGCUAUGGUGCAUUCACGGCAGAUUAAGCAGACCUCAGAGGAUAAGGAGAUGAAAUAACUCUUUUACACUUCUACCUGCACAAACUCCAAAUAAAUAGACAAUUGUUACAAAGAUAAUUUUUUUUCCUGUUAAGCUUUGUACCCAAAGUCCUUAUGAAAGAAGUUUGUACAUAUUAACUUAUUUUUGUCAUGGGUCUGAAAAUUGAAGAGAUUAAAUGGUAAAAUGUACAUACAUACAGUAUAUGCUAAUACAUUCUAUUGAAAGUGAAUACAUAAUGAAAAUCAUGAGUCACUUUUGUCUUUUACCAUGUUUAUUUUUCUUUCUAUCUCCUUUCUGCAUUUUCUCAUCUGUUACGUUUUUUUCCAUGAAGUAGAAGUGUAAAUACUGUAAAUGUGUAAUAAUGUUUCUUAAAGUAUGUUUUUUUUGUCUAUAUGUCUCAAUUCAACAUAAUGCUGGAGCUUUUGGGUAUAAUGUAGACUGAAUGUUUUGCUUUGCCCACAAUUGAAGACAACCUAGCACAUUUACCCCAUGUGCUUGCUGUGCAACAGAAAUACAGUAAUAUGUAGGUAAAUACAUUAUUGCUUUGUCAGCACAUGCUUUGCCUUGGUACAGAUUUAUUUUCUGACAAUAUUUCUAUUGACAUUCUUUUAUAUAUGCACUUUGGUUUAUAAUAAAGGCUACAAUUAAAUGGUGA